AUGAAUUGCCUGAAAUUACUGGAAGCGUUGGACGUGGUCGGUUGCGCUGGUAUUUGCAUAAGUACCGAGAGUUCGCAACUGCUACAAAAUUCGCUUCUCAUCUUGCAGAAGGAAAAUCAUUUUCGAAAGUGUUAUUACUGGGGUAGAAUCGAUGGGAUUCAAAACGACUAUCAUAUUGCAUACGGCUACGAGAAGGAUUGCAUGAGUGGUCAAGUGUAUUAUUACAGUACAGACUGCUUGAAUUGGCUAUUACUACCGAAGGCAACAAAAUGCGGACGAUUCUUAAGCCCUUUAGCGAUUAAUAGAUUCGAGGGUGACCCGUCCAUCGUCACGAACGUUUACAACGUCAAUCCGCCCUUCCCACCGAACGAAGAUCCUAAGACUUAUUACGAUGGACCUAUGCCUCGGGAACUCAAGGAGGAGGAUCGUCUCGCUGCCACUGUAGAAUUAAUCACGGAGGAUGCCGCGAUAAUUCCACGCGGUGCCUGGUUCAAAUGCCCGAACGGCGACGUGAUUGAGAAUUCGAGUUUCGAAGGCCUGUGUGCCUCGGACGCCUCCUGCUUCAAGUCCUACUUGCACGCUCGUCCUCCGAAGGAGAAGUGGAACACGAACUUGUUGUCUCGAGCCGAUUACAAUUAUGCGUUGGACUUUUUGGACAGCAUAGAUAUGGACGUGCCUCAAGGAUGCUGGGGUUUGCAGUUUCUGCUGGGCGGCCGCCUGACGAUUUUGCACAGCUUAUAUUGGCACGGAAUGAUAUUUUUCCAUAAGCUAAAUUCUCCGCAUCACGGUUUCUUGUAUGUUGGACACGGAAAGAAAAAUCUAGAUUUGCCAUUUAUGCUUUAACCUGAAGAAAUGAUCUUGAAAAUAUGAGAAACAAUGUUGACUGAAUAAUAUUAUGU